CGCAUGACUGAAGGGCGGGGCCUCUGCGGGGGCGGAGCAUCACAGGUGCCGGGUGAGCUCUCCGCUCUGCCGACGGAAUGGCGGGCCGGGGUAAACUAAUCGCGGUGAUUGGAGACGAGGACACGGUGACAGGUUUCCUGCUGGGCGGCAUUGGGGAGCUUAACAAGAACCGCCACCCUAAUUUCCUGGUAGUGGAAAAGGAUACUACCAUCAAUGAGAUCGAAGACACUUUCAGGCAGUUUCUAAACAGGGAUGACAUCGGCAUCAUUCUCAUCAACCAGUACAUUGCAGAGAUGGUUCGGCAUGCCCUUGACGCCCACCAGCGCUCCAUCCCAGCUGUCCUGGAGAUCCCAUCCAAGGAGCAUCCCUAUGAUGCAGCCAAAGACUCCAUCCUGCGCAGGGCCAAGGGCAUGUUCACGGCCGAAGACCUGCGCUAGGGUUCCUCAGCCGCCAGCCCCCUCUCACUACCAGGCCUCUCCCAGUUUGCCAUCCUCUAUUUAAGUUUCAAGCCUUGGUUUCCAGCCCCUCCCUUCCUCUUCGCUGAGUGGCUCCUAAGCUGUUGGGGUUCUGCUGUUCAGAUCCAGGCUGGUUAGGGAGAGAAAGCCCAACCAUCUUCUCUCUCCACCCCCUCCUCCCUGUGCUGUUACACAGUGUCAUUGUCGAUAUUAAAAGAAUAUUCUCUCCAAA